AUGGCUUCCGGCCAACAUGGAUCUGUAGAACGAGGUGCAGGCGGAGCUCAGGGCGGUACACCAGACGCAGCCAGAGAGAGUGGCAGUGGGGAGGAGGAUGAGGAGGAGGGUGAGGGCGAGGAGGAUGAGAACGAUGAGGGGAGCGAGGAUGACAGUGAGGCCGGGUGGGAUCCCGUGACGCAUGGCGGUGGGGAAGGGGGGGAUGAUGAGGAGGACCAUGAGAUGGAUGGGUUGGAGCCAGAGGAGGUGGAGGAGGGGGUGGGAGAGGGUGGUGGAGGGGCGGCGACAGAGGCGGCCUCACAGCAUGUGGCUGAAGGAGGAGGGAGCGUGUGGGUGAACGUGGGGAGAAAGCGGGCGUCCAUUGCGGGGCCGAAGCGGAGGAAGAGGGCGAACAAGUUGAGCGAGCGAGCGUAUCCCUGCACAUUCACUGGGAAGCUCUUGGGCGAGGGUGUGGUCGCUCCGGAGUUCCUAGACGAGGACGGAGGGUCCGAGAGUAGUAAGGGGACUGGCAAGGGUAAUAAGAAACCGGGGUGGCAAGUACAGAUGUUCGGGCCUAAAGGGGCAGACGAGAAGCGUCAGUGCAGGAUUUGCACUGACAGGAUUUCGUGGAAGCAAUCCACAACAACACCCGACGAGCGGCACUUCGAGAGCUACCACACAGCGCACAUGCACGUGAGGCAUCACCGUUACCACACUCCGUCCGUUCUCUUGCCUGGGGAGACGUUUCCUCGUGGGGGCUACAAGGGUGUGCCGGAUGGCUACGUCGAUGGGUGGCCGCAUGCCAAGUCUUGGCCGCAUCUCGCCAAGAAGAAAGGGACGGCGUCCGGUGGAGCUCGGGGGUCAAGCGGGAUGGAGCGGUUCAUGACAACCAAGCUGUCCACGGAGGAGCUACGGCAGGCGAUCGCCAAGCUAGUGGCCACCUGCGACCUCCCCUUCCGCAACGUCGAGUCCGAGGCUUUUCGGGAGCUAUUGAUCCUGCUAAACCGCAACUGA